AUAGCACGUUUCACUUGUUCUGUGCAGAGCUCCGAAAUGUGUGCCAAAGACCAUCUACAUUGCUGAUUAAUUAGUUUUUAAUUAAAACAUUAUUUUGGAUGGGAAAAAGAUUGAGGUAAACUUGAUUAACUUGAUUGCUUUUUAGUCAUAUGACGCCCAGAGAGAAAACUGACAGCGACUGCAAUUUUGAAAUAACGUAUGUACAGUACUCAUGCUUUCAAAAUCUCUUGCGCUAAGAAAUACACGAAGCAGCAUGAUUGUGUGAAUAAUCGGUCUGUGCACCGAUAAAAGAGAUCCAGCCGCCAGAAGCGCUACUUUUCUGCCACCUGUCACAAGGAUUUCCACAUUUUUCAGGAAAAUCGACAUUGUGCAUUAAGAAGAUAUAAAACUAAUGGCAAAUAUAUAACGGAACAAAAAGCAAGCGAGGUCUUACUAUUUAUUUAAUCGCAGUAUGCUGUUGUUUUAGUGAUACGCUUACCAUCGCUUGAAUGUUGUACAUCAGAUACCUGAACGUUUCCGUUUAAAAUACUUCAAGGGAGAGCCAUUUACCAUUAUAUUUAAACUGAAGGAAUCUGGUGUUCUCUCGCGUCAAGUCGAUUGCAGCACCAAGGACAGGUAUAAGUCUUCUGGAGGUUCAAACUUCACCAAAUGAAUUCUGAAACAGGAAAUCAAGGUUUGGAAUAAUCUCAAAGCGAAGCAUAGCGUCAGACCAAAUGGAUCUUUGCAGCUGAAACAAAACACCUAAAGUUGGAACAGAACAUCAUGAUGAUUUAAUGUGCGUUAAGAGCCCAUCUUUGUUCCAGUCCAAAACCGAGGACUAAAGUGACCUGUCUCUCCCAUGGCCAUGACUUCUGCGUGCUUCUGGCUCAAAGCGUGGAUUCCCUCCUGUCUUCUGCUGCCGCUCCUCCUGCUACUGGUCCCAGAGACUCUGGCUACAUCCAGCUAUAGCACAGGUGCCAAGCGGGAGAUCUUGGUCGAGGGGGAUUUGGUGAUUGGGGGCCUCUUCCCUGUGCACCACAAGGGUGAAGGAACAGAGGAUUGUGGCACAGUUAACGAACAGCGUGGCAUCCAGAGGCUGGAGGCCAUGCUGCUGGCACUGGAUGAGAUUAACCAUGAUGAGCACAUCCUGCCAGGCCUCAGGCUAGGUGCCCACAUCCUGGACUCCUGCUCCAAGGACACGUACGCACUGGAGCAGUCCCUGGAGUUUGUCCGUGCCUCUCUCACCAAGGUGGACGAGACAGAGUACAUCUGCCCUGACGGUUCCUACGCCAUUCAUGACGACUUACCCCUAGCUAUCUCUGGAGUCAUUGGUGGCUCCUACAGUGAUGUCUCUAUCCAGGUAGCCAAUCUACUCCGUCUGUUCCAAAUCCCUCAGAUCAGCUACGCCUCCACCAGCGCCAAGCUGAGCGAUAAGACGCGCUACGACUACUUUGCCCGCACCGUCCCACCAGACUUUUACCAGGCAAAAGCUAUGGCAGAGAUCCUCCGCUAUUUCAAUUGGACCUACGUAUCCACCGUAGCCUCGGAGGGGGAUUAUGGAGAGACCGGCAUCGAUGCCUUCCAACAGGAGGCCCGGGCUCGCCACAUCUGCAUCGCCACGUCCGCCAAGGUCAGCCGCUCGAUGAGCCGCUGGAGUUACGAUGCAGUCAUUCGCGCCCUGCAGCAGAAAGCCAACGCCAAGGUGGUGAUCCUGUUCACACGGAGCGAGGACGCGCGGGAGCUGCUGGUGGCAGCUGCCCGCAUGAACGCCACCUUCAUUUGGGUGGCCAGUGACGGCUGGGGGGCACAGGAGAGCGUGGUGCGUGGGAGCGAGCCGGUGGCCAACGGGGCCUUCACUAUCGAGCUAGCUUCUUACCCCAUCAAGGACUUCACUCAGUACUUCACCAAGCUGGAUCCAUACAACAAUACACGCAACCCCUGGUUCCGGGAAUUCUGGGAACAUCGCUUCCAGUGCAGUCUUCAGGAGCUCAGCUGCGGGCAGUAUUCCCUGAGUGAUGGCAAUUUUGAGCAGGAGUCCAAAAUUAUGUUCGUGAUUAAUGCUGUUUAUGCCAUGGCCCACGCUCUGCACAACAUGAGGCUGGCAGUGUGUCCCAACUCCACCAAGAUCUGCGAUGCCAUGAAGCCAGGCACCGGAAAGAAACUGUACAAGGACUAUGUCUUGAAGACCAGGUUUGAUGCGCCGUUCCGUCCAGCAGACACGGAGAAUGUUGUUAGCUUCGACGCCAACGGGGACAGCCUCGGCCGCUACAACAUAUUCCAUUAUCACGAGGACGACGGAAAAUACGUCUACACCAAAGUGGGCUACUGGGCACAGGGCCUGGUGCUGAAUACAAGUCACAUCCUGUGGGACCAACAGGCACUUCCAACAUCACAGUGCAGUGACCCCUGCAGGAAGAAUGAGGUAAAGAGCAUGCAGCCUGGGGAUGUGUGCUGCUGGAUCUGCAUUCCUUGCCAGCCGCACCAGUACCUGCUGGACGAGUUCCACUGCACGGACUGCAUGUUGGGCCAGUGGCCCCUGGAGAACCUGACGGGCUGCUACGAGCUGCCGGAGGAGUACAUCCAGUGGGGGGACGCCUGGGCCGUGGGGCCCGUCACCAUCGCUUGUCUCGGCAUAAUCUGCACGCUCUUUGUGAUCGGCGUAUUUGCAAAGAAUAUCGACACGCCACUGGUGAAAGCGAGCGGCCGCGAGCUCUCCUACAUCCUGCUGCUGGGCGUGCUCAUGUGCUACAGCGUGACCUUCGUGUACGUGGCCAAGCCGUCCGCCACCGUGUGCGCCCUCCGCCGCUUGGGCCUGGGCACCUCCUUCGCCAUCUGCUACUCCGCCCUGCUCACCAAGACCAACCGCAUCGCACGCAUCUUCGGCGGCGUACGGGAUGGUGCCCAGAGGCCGCGCUUCAUCAGUCCUGCCUCGCAGGUGGCCAUCUGCUCAGCACUCAUCUCCUGCCAGCUGGUGGCGCUGCUGGUCUGGCUGCUGGUGGAGGUGCCGGAUGUGCGCAAAGAGGUGAAGCCGGAUCGGCGGGACAUCGUCAUCCUGAAGUGCAACAGCAAGGACUCCAGCAUGCUUCUGUCCCUCACCUACGACUGCCUGCUCAUCGUGCUCUGCACCGUCUACGCUUUCAAGACCAGGAAGUGCCCAGAGAACUUCAACGAGGCCAAGUUCAUCGGUUUCACCAUGUACACCACCUGCAUCAUCUGGCUGGCCUUCCAGCCCAUAUUCUAUGUCACCGCCAGUGACUACAGGGUACAGACCACCACCAUGUGCAUCUCAGUCAGCCUCAGCGGUUCUGUGGUCCUGGGCUGCCUCUUCGCCCCCAAGACACACAUCAUUCUCUUCCAGCCUCAGAAGAACGUGACCACACUGAGAGCGCCGACCGCUCGCUUCAGCGUAACCACAGGCCCCCCGUCCAGCCACUCCCAAACCUCUGCCUCCAAUUUCGUGCCGACGGUGUGUAACGGUCGAGAGGUGCUGGACUCCACAACGUCCUCCUUGUGAGAAACGGGCACCUAUACCACCUCCCAAAUACGCCAAUUACUUACACUUGAUAGUUAAGUAACAAUAAUAAGGAAAAUGCCAAGUGUCGCAGAUAUAGGAUGUCUUUUGUUGUCAAGUGCUGUGAAUACAAUGUUCUGUUAUCCCAUUCCCUGACCAGUAGCUACAAUAAAACAAAUUUCAAUAUACACCUUCUUCUACAUUAAAGAAACCUUUUUAUUUGAGUCAGUAAAGCUUUACAAUGUAUCAAGGAAAAUGUUUUAAUGUAGAUUUUGGUGAACCAGUUUGUGCUUUCUUAUGUAAAUAAAAUGUGUUCUUAAUUAUAUUAAAAAUUACAGCUGUUUGA